AUGCAUUAAGAUUCAUAUUCAAUCCUUUUGAAGUUUUUAGAAUAACUGAUGAAAGCCUGGGUGCCCGUUUGAAGUGUGCAGAGCAGCUGGCUUUGUGUUUGUGGACUCCUCCCGUUGUGUGAUGAAGUUCAGAUGCGCGUCGUUGUUCCGUACGCGCGUCACCAGAGCACAGAGGAGCUUUCCGACGCGAGGGGAGGAUGGGGAGAUGUGUGGAUCACGAUCACGGGAGGCUCUGAAUGCGAGAUUACGCCUCGUUAAUUGACGCCCUUCUACUUGUACGGGAUAUGCUGCCGCCCUUUGCAUGAACACCCGCCGAGCUGCUCUGGAUUCUGAGAUCCAGCGUCGUUUUUUCGCGUCUGGCUCCGAGUCUGUAAAAGCGACCGGACUGCGCGGUCCGUGAACCUCGGCUCGGUCCCCGACGUUUAUGUUGUAGUUUACUCAGACGAGGCUGUGCGCGUGUAUUUUUGGACCCAGGAGAUGUUGGAAUGGCCGCCUCGGGAGCGCAGAAGUGUCCGAAGAGUGAGAAGUUGGACGAGGCGCAGGCUUUGGCCAAGAGCUGCGCGGGGCGACCAGACUUCCUGCCUUGUGAUGGACUCUCCAUCUGCGCCACGCACAGCCACGGGAAGUGCUUCAAGCUGCACUGGUGCUGCCACUUGGGCUGGUGUCACUGCAAGUACGUGUACCAGCCCAUGACCAACGUGUGCCAACUUCCCAGCACCACCGUGCCGCCCGUAGGCUCAGAGUGCAGCAACACCAUCGACCUGUCCGUCUCUCUGGCUGAGCGCUUCCUCAAACUUGCCCCCUGCUUCCAGUCCCCGCCUCACCUCGAGUCGCCCAAGUACUGCGUCAUCGCAGACCUGUUUGUCGACGACUACAUCGUCAAACGCAUCAACGGGAAGAUGUGCUACGUGCAGCGCCCUCCGCCUCCUUUGCCAGAGCCGCCUCGUCCUCCCACCCCUCCCCCACCCGCUCCGGCUACGCCUCAGAUGCCCCAAAAUCCCAGUCAGCCUCGGCCCCCGGUCAAGCCGACCCCGCCGACCCAACCCGCACCUGCGCCCGUGCAGCCGGUCCAGCAGGUGUACAGUGAACACAAACACGCCUCUCCUGUGGACAAGAUAAAAGGCCCCAAAAUGGACCACUGCUCCUCUCCAUCCAGCUCCGAGGACUCUGGCAUCAAUGCGUUGGGCCUGCACUAUCUGGAGUCAUGUGAGGAGGAGAGCGAGGAGGAGGAGGACGACGAGCUGAGCACGGAUGGAAACUCCAGCCCCGGAAGCCUCUGGGACCAAGACGACUGUUCUCUGCUCUCUCCCUCCAAGUCUAUGAUAGAGAUCAUAGAGAAGAUUGAGACGACCGUGUAGCUGACGACAGCGUGGACGCCGUCUGUGAAGAAGAUCUACAGAGAAGAAUCAGAACUGACAGUAACACCCGAGGAUUUAUCUUACAUGGACCAAUAGGAAACGAAACCUUCUGUGACGCUUCAGCGAGGCUUUGCCGGGUUGUUUUGAGUUGAAUUUGUUUUCCGGCAGGUGGCCGAGGACUGUACGCCUACAAUCUCGCACGGCCUCUUCUCUGUCCACAUCCCCUGCAUGGAGUGAAUUUCUAGAACUUAUUACAAUAGAGGAGGAAGCACAAGAAUAUCAAGUACAUGCACAGCGGACCAAAAAAACAAAAAAAGAGACUUCCAGUACAAGGUUACAGUGAAAAAACUAAAAUAAGAAUCUAGAGUAGGUGCACCUAAGAAAAAUAGUUUUUCGUGACACACUUCUUGAUGUGCUGGAGCAAGAUUCUGAACAGAGGAGGCAUACUUGUGUUUGAUGACGAUAAUAAGCAGGUUAUUCUUAGUGUUCUCCAGCCGUCAGUCUGCCAGCCUUUAGUCUAAUUCAGCAUUCAAGUGGCAGAUAAGCAUGCCAUUCCUUGUUCCCUGGUCAGUGGUUCCACCCACACAUGAGUAAUUCUGACACUUCAGCAUAAUAACUACAAGGCCAGCUACCGCCCAUGGGGCCUAAAGCACACCGACCUGUUAAAUACUCAGCUCGGACCUACCGGGUCACACCUUAUUUAUGGCGUUAAUCAUUGGUUUGUUAGUCCGCACUUUACCGACACCAUCACGGGCAGUAGGUUAUGUAGGUAGGCCAGUGUUUGACAAUCAAGAAGUACACAGAAGCACAUUCCUAUACUGUACCUGCCAGUGAGGACCAAGGAUACUCUUAUACCCUCCAAAACCACUUAACAUAUUAUCAUUAUUAUCCUCCUGACCACCUUUUCAGGUCAAGCUGAACUGAACUGGAGUGCUGUUCAGGGUUAAAUGAGGCGUUAAGCAAAACAUGACUUGCAUUAACAUCUCCCAUGAAAUUAAAUAGCACAGACGUGUCUCCGGCACAACUACAGCGGCAAAGGUAGCAGGAGACUAGUCAGGAACAUAAUGCAUAGGGAGGGGAUAUAUCUAAUUUAUUCAUAUAAACUUAUAUAAUCAUUAACCUGCAUUGUUAUUUGCUUUUGAGACUGAAAUAACAGCUUAAAAGUGGAGCCCGGGAAAAAGAGUUCAGGUUAGUAUAGAGUAGUGUGUCACAGGUAUUCUGUUAUAUGGGGCAGAAAAAUAUCACUUAAUUCACUUUUUAGAGGGAGGUUACAGUAUGAGAUAGGAUGCCGCAUAUGUUGUGUGAUGUUGUGAUUGACAUGAUGUAAUGAGAAGAAACAAGUCAGCCCCUUAGUAGUCGGAUAGUAAAUUGAAGUUGGGCUGGGUCUUUUUCUUUUUUCUUUUUUUUACUUUUUUAAUGUUUAAAUAUUUAUUUUUCCGAGAGUUAUCAGCAAAAGUCACUAAAAUCUUCACAAACAUGUAUUACUGCAAUGCUAUCAGCACUAGAUGUAAAAAACAGAGAAAAUCGGUAAUUCUGCAUGGCUGCAGACAUUUGCAGAUGUUCCCUCGUGUCAGAAUCUAAUUUAAGACAUUUUGUUGAUUCGUUGUGUUCAGACAAAGAACCGACAAGUCCUGUAUUCGAAUGAGGCGACACCCGUUGACAUUACACAGAACACAGUUCCUCUUAAUGCAGUUUAAAACAUGAGUUACGUUCUUAUUAUUGUAAUAUUAUUUUCAUAUGAAUAAAUCUUAAUGAAACUCA